AUGGCCAUGGCUGCUGCUCGCGUCCUUGUGGCCGCCUUGCAUCUGCUACUUGCAGAUGCUAUUGGUAUCCGCAGGUCCGACACAUCCUCGGAUAUGGACUUUAUUAGCGAGACGAAGAGCCAGGCCGGCGUUACGAGUGUGUACGCUGCAGAUAAAGCGUACUGGACCGCAACAUUGGGCACGAUGAACAAUGCAGGCGUCACCCGGUACACAGACGAAGCCAUCAAGAAGACCGAGAGGACAGACGGCAAGUUCUUCUGGGGCGACCCCGCCAACCGCGACAGCGAGCAGUCUUACGUUGGCCCGGCGGACCUCACAGCGAACAUAUCUUGGGCUUGGCACCACCCUGCUGGAGUCUACAGCACCAUCCCUGUCGGCAGCCCCCUGGUCGACGACGAGCUCAACAUCUAUAUCGGAGCCGACGAUGCCAUCCGCAAGUUUGACGUUACUGGCGUCAUCAAAUGGAGCUACGCCCCCCGAGGUCAACUCGCAGCAGCACCCACCCUGUGCACCAGCGGCAGCAGGCGCCAGGCAGCUUCCGAUACGCGCGAUGUGAGCAGCCUGAGCCGCAGGGAUGCGGAAGACAUGUUGCGGCCAGACUGGGCCAACGGCAACGAGGCAGACACCAGGGCUCAGAUGUCCAGGGACUUCAGAGUCGGCGACCUCGUCAAGGUAAAGCCUGGUGCGAGCUUUUGA